AUUUAGUUAUUCAAAUAUAAAAAUCGCAUCAGUAUUAAAAAUUUAAAAUAUUUGAACAAAAGGUUAAAUAUAAAAUAAAGUGCAAUAAUAAUUUAUUAUAAACAACAAAAAAAAAAACACAAACUUUUAUGCGCAAUGGCCGGUGUUUUAUUCGUGGUUUGCGUCCCGUCUGCCCAAUACGAACAAGAACUAUCGCAGCGUCCUCUAACCGAAGAUUUGAACCGCCGAGACUCAAAAGGACCCCAGACGAGCACACCUGCCGAUCUGCAUCACAACGGGUUGCUCCAGGGGCGCACUUUCAUACCACACAAUAUAAAAUCCAACGGGAUAACAGGUAAUGACGAAAGUGUGAUCCUAAUCCAUGACGAGUUGUGUCAGGACGAUAGGACUCCCAUAGCUUUGUGCAAGAAGCCCGAGAAUGUGUUCGUGGGGGGCGCAGAGGCUCUAAAGAAGUCUUGGGACGGUUUCAGGGAGCUCGUGGGACAAACCAGUGCCAUUUUAGCGGAGAAAAGGGGCGGUUCGAGGAAAUUGUUAGAGGAGAAUUAUGAUGACGAUGGUGGUAGAAGCGAAGGGCCCCUUAUGCCCAUGGAAAAGGUGCUCCGUGAGCUUUUGAUCAGUAUGGGAGUUGAUAAUGCUGUUUGGUGCGAUGGCAAAGGAGGCAGAUAUUAUCAGGUUCUCUUUAGUAUAGAAUCCGGGGCAUCCUGCGAGCGCGUCCUUCAAGUAUUCUCCGAUUGUGGAAUAGGGCUUCGACUGAAUUCGGCUGUCAGUGUGAUACCUUGCGCCUUGUACUAUCAAGGUGAUCCUCCAGAAGGAGCCCAAGGGGGCACACUGAACGCCAGAGAUCGAAACAACGGAGACGGAGGCUCCGGAAGCUCGGAUGACGAGAACAAUGCAGCGCAUCCCAAAGCUUCCUCCGCCUGGGACAAAUUCGUUCAGUCAGUGGGUGCGCGACUCACAGUUGCACAAGUCGUGGAAAGCGUGAAGGCAGAGGCGGCUUGGACUUUCGAUUUUAUGAUUUUACUAAUAAUAGCAGCUUUUUUAGCUGCUUUGGGUCUAGUUGAGGACAGCACUGUGUUUUUGGUGUCUAGUAUGCUUAUUUCGCCACUCAUGGGACCUAUUAUUGCUGGAACCUUCGGAACCUGCAUCCACGAUCGCAGCCUGAUGCGUCUGGGAGUUGUCAAUGAAAUGCUCGGAAUUCUUUUAACAAUGUUCAUCGGAUUUCUCUUCGGCCUGGUCAUCUGUAUGAUAGACGACAGAUACGGAGUGGGAGAGUGGCCAACGAACGAAAUGUUAUCGAAGUGUGAAAUCCGUUCCUUGUGGGUCGGAGCCUUAAUAGCGUUUCCAUCGGGUGCUGCUGGAGCCUUGGCGGUCUUGGGAGACAAUACGGGGUCCUUGGUAGGAGUUGCUAUAUCUGCAUCGCUUUUACCACCUGCUGUAAAUGCAGGUUUAGUAUGGGCAAUGUCCUUUUCCUACCUCAUCUGGCAGAACAAUUCGACCAAAUUCAACACCAUCGUCGACACUCAACAAUAUUCAUCGAACCAGGCCGUCGAAUUGGCCGUCAUGGGUUUCAUCAGCUUGUGUCUGACUCUGGUCAACGUCAUUUGUAUUUAUGCUGCUGGAAUUUUAGUACUAAAGGUUAAGGAAGUGGCUCCUUUACGUUCGAGCAGUGCUCGUCAUUUCUGGAGACACGACGUGCGUAUUGCAAGGGAUUAUAAUAGGACUUUACGUGGUGAUGAGGCUAGAAAUUUAGCUAAUGAUUUGUUAGCGAAAAAGAAUACCAAAUUGGUGAAUGGGAUGAAACAUGCCAGAGACUACAAUAGGAGGUACUCCGAGGCUUACGGUCUUAGUUUGGAGCAAAACCGCAUGCGCCAAUUGCGAGAACGUCUAAACCAGUGGACCUGGUCACCAGCUCCUGUUGAACCAGAAAGACCAACAAUCAGAGACCUCAAAUCCCUCUACGAGUCCCUCACUGGUGAAAGGUACGAAGGCAACAGGAUGGGAAUCGGCGGAAGCAACAAUGGUGUAGGCUCUGGUGUGAAUAAUGCAAAACCUAGAAGGUAA